AUGACGGAGAGUGAGACAAAAGUCGACUUUGACCGAGCGCUUGUGGUGAGAGGGCAAAUUAUAGACAAACAAAUAGGUACAGAGAGCAGCCGUAAUUUCCAGCACGCAUCAGAGAGCGUGUCAGAUAGUCGGAACCGUGCCUUAUCUGUCGAUAUUAAACAGAAGGAGAUUUACAUUAACAAUUCUACUUUAGACCCACGCCUCUGGAAUCUGAAGAGAAAACUAGCUGUAGUGGUAUUUAUUCUACUGACGGCCUUUACUGCUACAAUUGGAACACCUAUUUAUAUGGCAGCCAUACCAGAUGUGCAAUAUAGGUUUAAGUUAACAACAACAUAUGCUAUUCUUCCGGCUAGCCUUUAUGCACUAGCCUUGGGUUUAGGUGCGAUAGUUACAUCUAGCUUUUCAGAAAUAUACGGACGACGCAUUAUUUAUCGACUGACUCUUCCAGCUGCACUACUUGCCACAGUACUCGCUAGUAUCUCUUCGCAAUUCAUUUAUAUGGUGACGUUCAAGACCCUUGCGGGAAUCCUAUCGGCUCCAAAUUUGACUGUUGGUGUGGGAGUACUAAACGACCUUUGGGAUCCAAAGCAGGACCGUAUGGGAACAAUCAUGGCUGUGUUAUUCGUUCUAUGCAUCAUUUGGGCGACUCAGUUUGGACCACUAAUAUCAGCAUCGGUCAUGACAAAAUGGAAUCACUGGCAGUGGACUUUCCAUAUUUCAUCACUUCUAUUGAUAUUUUGCGUUCUAUUGGCUUUCCUCGUGCCCGAGACUUAUAUGCCGGAGAUUAUGCGAACUGAUGCAAAACGACAAGGACAAAUAGUAAAAUCACGUCGAUUGACAUGGCAUGUUAUUAGAAAAGCCGCCAGUCAACCACUUCAUAUGAUACUCGUGGAGCCAAUAGUCUUUCCUACUGGGCUGGUCUUAGCCAUCACUCAGAGUGUUAUUUUCUCAUACUAUGUGGCAUACGCAAGCCUUUUCGAGGGAGUGUAUGGCUUCACUCAGUUGCAAGUAGGCUUUUCUUUCACACCUUUGGUACUAGGUACACUCUUUGCUUUGCCGAUAUUGGCAGCUUGUGAAAAAUGGGUUUAUCAAAAAGCGAGAAAAGAUAACCAAACUAGCGGGAAAUUUGUCAUGCCUGAGUCACGCUUAUACCCAGCUAUGUUUAGUAGUCUUACAAUGCCCAUCAGUUUAUUCUGGCUCGCCUGGACAGGAAGAGAAGAUAUCCACUGGAUUAUACCUGUUAUUUCGGGCACCCUCUUCGGUUUCUCAUAUGUCCUAAAUAUGCUCUGCCUUCCGAUUUACAACAAUGAUAUAUACACCACACAACUAGGCGCCUCAGUACUUGCGGCAAGCACCUUUAUGCGUUUUGUCAUUUCACCUGGCUUCAUGCUCUUAAUGCCAAUCAUACUUUUACAUCUUGGCUUUGCCUGGAGUGUGAGCUUACUAGGCUUAAUAACCAUAGCACUCAUUCCUGUCCCCUUCAUAUUCUUUAACUACGGUCCCCGACUAAGGGCCAAGAGCAGAUAUUUAAGCGAUCGAUCAUCUUGA